AUGUGCCCCCUCCUUGUGCGCCGGCUCGGAGGCGGGAAAGGAAACGUCAUUGCCUGUCUGCCUCCCAAGCCCCUCCCCUGUCCGCCUGGCUGAUUGCUGCCUCCCAAGCUCCUUUCCUUCUGCCUGGCCGCCAACCAGAUUCCCGUCUGCCGUUCCCCUCGCGCCCCUUUUCGCCUCGCCAUGAGGCACUAUCCGCAGGGACAGCCGGCGCCCGCCACGCCGGCAGACAGCCUCCCAAUCAUGCCUCUCUAUGGUACGGGGGACUUUGCGUCACUCGUGUCUCGGGUUGAGCCCUCGCACACCGGGGGCGCCGGCCACUACGAUGACAUACUUGCCUUCCAGGCGCGACUCAUUCAAUCCCGAGCUCACAAGGAGUCCUCGCCCCGGAGACACUACGCCCUUCUCGCGGUUCUUGGUGUGACUGGGGCCUGCGCCACCUUGCUCGGCACCUUGACGCUCUAUCAAAGCGGUCUCACCUGGGCUUCCCUGGCUCUGGGGGCCGCAUCACUGGGCGUCACCCUGCUGGCCAGUGUGGCUGCCUUCCUCCUGCAGGAGCGUUUCGUCAAGUCCAGUCUCAUUUUGUCAUCGCACGAGCCCAUUCGUCCGGGGCCGGCCGGCCCAGGCAUGGAGCAAUCCACCACGCCGAGCGCGCCGCCCUCCGGGACUGACCGAGUCCUGCGAAUGUUCAGCAUGAUGCAGCCGCCAGUGGCUGGGCGUUCGGCAGGCAUGCCGGCCACCGGACACUCAGCAUCUGGCGGAGGGCCGGCCUCAUCGCCAUCCACCCCAUACGCCGGUUCCUCGUCCAUCCGAUUGAUGGAGGAGAUGCUGCCGUCCAAGUUCAUCGAGGACUUCGAGUCACACCGGUACCAUCGCAAUCGAGCCAGCGGGCGGGCUUAGUGCUCGCUCGCUCGGUCGCUCCCCUCUUCUCUCUCUUCCAGGCCCCUCGAGCCGUGGGUCAGUGCAAGAGCUAGGAAGGGAAUCCCCCCCCC